AGAAUCAUGACCAUGAUAAGCAGCAUCCUCGAAACUCUCAGAGUCAUAGUUUUGUCAGUCUAUUACUACUUUGAGGCCUUCAUUAUGAAGUUUUGUAGCGCUCCUAAGAAUGUUGCUGGGGAGAUAGUACUUAUUACAGGAUCGGCAAAUGGAAUUGGAAAACAGAUUGCUUUAAAUUUUGCUAGUCUUGGUGCCAUUCUGGUCCUCUGGGAUAUUGAUGAAGAAGGUAACAGGGAGACGGCUGAACUUGCCAAAAGAAAUGGAGCUUUAGCUGUUUAUACCUACAAGUGUGACUGCAGCAAACGGGAAGAAGUUUAUGCAGUGGCAGAACAGGUUAAAAAAGAAGUUGGAGAUGUUAAUAUUCUAAUCAACAAUGCAGGUAUCGUAACUGGAAAGAAUUUCCUUGAUAUUCCAGACUGUAAAAUGGAUGAAACAUUAGAUGUGAACUUUAAGGCACAUUUCUGGACUUGCAAAGCCUUCCUACCAGCCAUGAUUGCCUGUAACCGUGGACACUUGGUUAGUACUGCAAGUGUAGCAGGAAUGAUUGGAUCCAAUCAACUUUCAGACUAUUGUGCAAGCAAGGCUGCAGUAAUUGGAUUUUGGGAGACCGUUGCUUUUGAAUUGCAAGCUGCAGGAAAGAAAGGCAUUAAAACUACUAUUGUCUGUCCAUAUUAUGUGCAUACAAACCUUUUUACUGGUGUAAAAACGACGAGGCCCUGUCUUCUUCCAAUCUUGGAUGUAGAAUAUGUUGGCAAGACAAUUGUCGAUGGGAUUCGGAAGGACAAAUUUUAUGUAUUUCCAUUGCCAUUUACAAAGUUGGCUGCUCUGAAAGUAUUUCUUCCUAGAAAAGCACUUUUCCUUUUUGCACAGUAUUUUGGACUCUAUGAAAACAUGGCUGACUACAAAGGUCGCAGCACCGAGGAACAGAAGAAAAAGGUCUGA